AAUAGUUGGAACAUUUGUAAAUAGAUGUAUAGAGUCGCGCGGUAGUAUUGGUAGUACCGUACCCCGCGGCUAUCCGCUCCAUCUACGAGGACAAGCGCACCGAUGUUGCCAACCUGACUCGGUAUACACACCGUACGCUGUACGCACUAAUGCAUAGUGAAAGAUACGCGGCGCAGUACUCGCACGUCCCGCAUUCGUCGCAGUUCAGCAGUUAAUCAUCUUCGGAUUGUUGCCACUCGCUACUCGCUAGUUUUGCCCAUUUUGUUAAACGCGUCGCAGGCGUAGUUUUUAUGGAACUUUGCACCAGCAGUUUGCAUAACGCAAAAUCAUUCAUUUUUCAUCUACCGUCAACACCAAUCGACCCACGCCAGAGUUCGGGCAAUCAAUGCGUUUUUAUGGAACACAUCAUACGGAACACUUAGCACAAUACACAUUAAAUUAUCACCAUCGUCGUGGCCGUAUAAUUGGCAUUCCGUGCGUUCACGUGUGUUUUGUAGGCGGCCCCCUUGACACCGUUUGUGUUUCGCCAACAUUUUAUUUAUUUUGGUUUGUUUUGCUCUUGUACUUUUACAUUGUCCUGUGCGUAAAACAUUAUUAUAAUUUUUUCGGAAUUAAAAAAAUUUAAAGAAUAAAAAUCACGUUAUCACGGAGAACAAUGAUAAUGGAAUAUUUGUUUGGCUAUGGAAGAAACGAAAAUGCGCCAACGAGGUAUUAUCCUUGAAAUCGGCGUCGCCAUUUUCGUCGUAUACCGACAUUAAAUGCUGCGCAGUGCGCACGAUCGAAUGAAACCUCGUUGACGAGUUACGUUUACGUACACGUAUACUUUGUUACUGACCGGGAUUCGGGACCUUGAUUCGCCGCCGAAACAGAUCGAUUUUACUUUGAUUUUAAUUUAAUUUUAAUUCUAUUUUAACUACAUUUCUACAGAAACAAAAGGACAUGCAUCAAAACGCUACGACAUUGAUAUUAUAGUCUAAAACUUACUUUUUAAAAAGUAUUUUUUAACAAUAAUUUAUUCUUUGUUAAUUUACACUGGGCCAAAACUAUUGUAAAUCUUAAGAGUAACUACGUUCAGAGGCGCAUACCAAAAAACACUAUGGUAAGUUCGAGGCUAUUAUUUGCCCUGCCCUAUAAAAUAUAAUUUGACCUUUGGCUGACGUCACUUCAGUGAUUAGUCAGUAGUCGUUAACAAUAAUGAGACAUUAUUAAUAAAUAGGCAAUUAAAAUAAAACUCAAAAGAACUACAGACUGAAAAGUUACUGAUAUUUAACGUUGUAUUUGCUGGUGGCUUACAUUGAAGUCCGUAUUACAGUGAUAGUUAUUACGUGUAUAUAUUUAUUUUUAAAAGUAUUCCUUUUGUAUCCUUUUAUGAAUGAUAAUUACUCGAGAAAAAUCCAAAGCUGGUCUUUCUUUAAUCCUGGUUAAAUUAAAUAUUCGUUGAUAUCUUGGAAAUAUUCAACAUUAUAUGCGUACUCAAUAAUAUACUUAAAUCUAAAAACAUUAUCUACAAACUUCAUUGAGUUUUAUAUUAGGUAUUUGGAAUUUUGUUGGUUUUGUGCUUGUAAAUCAGUUGAUUAUUUUAAUGAUUUUAUUUUUAAUUUUCAAUAUUAACAUUUGUUAUUUCAUAUUAUGCUCAAUUUUCUUUCUAUCACUGUAUUACUUGUGGUAUUCCGUACAAUUAAGAAGCAUACAGUUUACUUUUUGUUUUGAAUGGUCUGUUAUUGUAGUCUUUAUAAUGCAUUCGAAUAGCUUAAAUUAUAGAUCAAAUAUUUUUAUUAAACAUUAAAAUUAAUGAAUGUUUAUGAUUUGAAUUGCUUUAAGUAUGUUUUCUUUGAACAAUAUUUUAACAAUUUUCAUAAUCAAAUAGAAUAUAUAGAGGUAUCUAUUCAUUUAACAGUGUAUUUAUAAUUAAAUUAUUAUUUAUACAAGACUGUUUUAUUAUAAUUUUUCCAGGACCUGUCGUAGAUGUUUGGAGAAUUUAAUUAAAACAACUGGUCAUGAAUGGAUAGUUAAAAUUAAAAUUGUCUGGGGAAAAUAUAUGAUUAAAUAAAUUUGUACUAAAGAAUUCAAGGAUUUUUGCUUUGAAAUAUUUACUGUUGUUUAAAAAAAAAAUUCUUUUUAAUUUGUAUCAUUAGAAGAGAUGUUCAGCGAUGUUCCUAGUCAAACUGUUCAAACCUUAUUUUUAACAAAUUAAUUAAACAUCAAUUUCUAAAAAUUUAUGUAUACUGUAUAAACAAUCUAAAAAUGUGGCUAAUAUAAUAUAGGAACUUACAAUAAUAAUUCCUUGGAGUUCCAUUGUCUAUUAAAAUAUGCAUACACAUUUCCAAACAAUAUCAGUUAUUAUUUAAGAUAAAGUCAUACAUUUUAUUUUAUCAUUGCAUUGGAAAUUAUUAAUUUUAGAUGUUUUAAAAAAAAAGAUUAUAAUUGCGUUAUUUCUUUUAUUUAUAAAUUUAAUUUUUAAAAAUUAAGAGUAUACUGCAUCAAAAUCUUUUGUCUCCAUCUUACAAAUGCGAGAUAUAAUAAAUCUGUGUUCAGUAGGACACAUUUUAUACUGUUGGUUUUAUUAUUAAAAUAAUUUAACUCAUUAUCAAACCUAAAGGUAAGAUUAUCAUACAUGCCUAGCAUUGAUUUUUUUCUCAAUAUUUUAAUUUUUAAGCAAGAUAUCAUUUAAAAUUAUGAUUGUGAUGCCAUUUAAAUUAUAAAUAUCUAAAAAUCACCAAUGCCAGAGCACAUAUAAUCUUACCUUUAAUUUUGGUAAUAGGUCUGUUUGUGUUAAUAUUAAAACUAACGGCACAAAAUGUUUCCUACUGAAUGCUCAUUUACUAUGCUUCCUGUUUGUAAGAUAGAGACAGUGGAUGUUUGGGUGGUGUCUUCUUAAAACUGUAACUAAAGGUAAGAAUUAAUAUGGUUGCCUCUUAAAAAAAUUUCAUUUAUCCAGUGGGCCAACUUAACUUUAUUUAAUUACUUCUCAGUUAAAAGUACUGAAUUUUUUGUGUAGAAUACAGUUUUCAAUUCAUUAUUUUUUUAUGAAUAAUAAUAAUAAUAAUAUUGUUUAUUAGUAAAUAACUAUAAUACAUAGAAUACAUAAAGUACCAUACAGUAUAUAUAAUAAAUAAAAUAAUAUAAUACAGAAUAUAAUUCGUAAUAUUUUCAAAUCUCCUGUAAGCUAAAAGCUUGUUGUAAUGGAGAGUUAUUAAAAGAGUACAUAUAUAAUCAACAAAAUAAUUAUGGUUAGUCUAAAGGUUUACACAAUUUCAUUUAAGUUCACCAACUUUAAUAAUCGUUUAAAAUAUUUUAGGUUUUGAAAUUUAAAAAUAUUGAUUUUAAGAAUCCUAUACAAAUUAAUAGCAGCCUGAAUAGAAUUUUUUGCACCAAAAUGUAAAUUUUAGGAAUUUUUAUAAUACUCUAUCUUGUACUAUAGUCAUGGUUAACGGUUGCUAUAGUAUCAUGCCUAUAUUUAUAUAAAGCAGUUAAGAUAUUUAUCAAAUAUAAAACUUUGAUAUUAUAUACUUCAAGUUCACAGUAAACAUAUUCAUUAUUGGUAUAUUUUGGUGUAUUCAAUAAGAAUUUGAUUAGGUGAUAUACAGUAGUUUUUAAUGUAUUGGUAUAUGAACCAUAUGCCUGACCCCAUACAAUUAUUCUGUAAUUUAAUACUGAUUGAACAAGUGAUAUGUAUACAAAUCUUUUAAACAUAAUUUUUGGUUUUUUGGUUGGCUGUUCAAAAUAAUAUUUAUUUAUGUUUGAAUAUUAUGAUCCAAUUGUCUGAAUAUUUAUAUACAGUUUUUGUUGUAAUUCAAUACAAAUUAAUUCAAAAGACAUGACAUUUUUACUGAAUACCUAGUUAAUUUAUAAUUUUUGGCACUUCCUAGAUUUGAUACAAUUUUCAAAAUAUUCUAAAGUUAGACUAGACUUUUGAGUUUUAUGUUUUAUGUGAAAAUUGGUAGACAGUUUGUUAAAAGGUUCAAAACAUUCAAAUUUGAAUAAAAAGGGCAAUAGUUUAGUAAAUAUAUUAAUUUUUAAUGUAUGUAGGACAUACCAUAGGUACUUAUUCAAAUUUUUUAAUCUUCCGUUAUUUAUUUUUAGAAUGUGUAUAAAUAUUUAAUCAAGAAAUGUAUUUCUAUUCCAGCCUCCAAUUGAUCCUAUGCAGUUAUUGAACUGCUUAAAAGUAUUGUUGGAUGAAGACACAGGCGGUCUUAAAGGUCCUCAAGAAGCAAUGCAGAUUUCUAGGUAAGUUAACUAUUAGAUUAAUCAUAAUAUUUUGAGUAAGAAUUUUAUAUAUUUAGUGGUGGCGUAAACUGGGUUAAAUUGACGCAACUGUGUCAUGAAAAAAAGGUGGGUGAUAUUUAUGGUUGAGUAGAUACUAGAUACUUAUUUAUAUUUAUUAUAUUAUACUUUACUUUUUAUAUUUUGUGUUAAUAUAAAAAGGAGAGUGGGUGUUUAAAAUUUGUACUGUGUCAUUGAAAUAAUAAGUUCACGUCACCACUGCAUAUAUUACAUAUAAUUUAUUUUGGUAUGUUACACAUAUAUUUUUAAAUGUUGACCAUAGUAAAAUAUUUAUUUUUUUUUUUUUUGGGGAAAAGUGCAAAUAAUCUUGACAUAAAUAAUAGGUAGGUCAUAGGUGUGAUCAUAGUCUCACGUUAUCAUACAGUGUGCACAUCUCCACACUCAGCCUAUGUCAUAAUUUUCCAUUUUUAUUGCAUUGGCAAUAACGGCAAGUGUUGGCCAAUAAUAAGUGGAGAUCUAUGAUCAUACCAAAUACUAUAGAUAUAUAGUAUUUUAUGGUACCUAUCUAUUUUGUGUUAGGUAUAUAAAUAAUAUUGCAGUGGUUUAUAAAACAUAAGAAAUAAAAAAUAACCAAAUAUGUACCUAUUAUUAUUGUAAAACAGUAUUUAAAGCAUUGAAUAUUACUCAUAUAGGCUUAAAUAUAACGGAUCUAUUGAUUAGUGGCCCGUGUAUUUCCUUAUUAGAGUUCAGUCUAUUCUAAUAAAUUUUACUGUAAAUGUAACUUAUUUAAUGAGAUACAGUGAUUUUAGUUAUAAAUUAUAAUAGUUAUAUACUUCAUAUAAUAAUGAUAAUAUUUGUUUUUCAUUGGUUUAACCAAGAAUUUGUUGUACAUGUUUGAACGGUAAAAACUAAAAUUGGAAAAAUGUUGUACAUAUUUUAAUCCUUGAACUAUAAUAUAAUUAUUUAAAUUAUACUUUUUUUUUUUGCUUUAUCUAAUGAUAUUUAAUCUUACUGUGAUUAAAAAGUAUUGGGUUGAAUGACUGAUAAUGAAAAAUGAAAUGAUAUAAUAUAGAGUAUAAUAAUUCUUCUUCUUCUUCUUCUUUGCAAUCGACCAUUAAUCAUGCAUUCAAACAUACAUCUUGCCAUUUCACUCUAUCCAUCGCUAUGAUAUUCCAUUCGGCCCUUGGGUUUAUUGUUUGCACGUCCUUCCUGACUUGGUCUUCCCAUCUUAGUCGGGGUCUUCCUAAGGGUCUCUUUCCUUGGGGAGUCCCACAUUGAACCAUUCGUAUUAGAGUUCCUUCUUUUCUCCAUGCAUGUCCUGCCCAUUGGAGUUUCCUUUUAAUAAUAAUUAUUAAUUAGGUAAUAUUAAUCAAUUAAAAAAAAAAAAAAAAAAAAAAAACACAUUUACUUUGCAUAAUGGUUGGGCCACUGUUCUAGAUAAGAAGUUGGGAAGGUAGAGAGGAAAUUGAAUGUACAUCUAUAUGUAACAAUUAACCAUUGCUAACAAAAAACAAUUCUGAGUGGAGUUAUUUAUACAUGUUUUGAAAGGCUGUAAUAUUUAUGAUAUACAAAUAAUACAUUUUGUACAUUUUCCUGAGUUUUUGCCGUUUCAGGUUUCUUUUCAGAGAUAAAAAAAACUUUGUAAAAUUAAUACAUUCCUUGCUUCGCUUGGAAUAUAAAUACUAAUAUAACAAGAUAAAACAUAUAUAAUUUCUGUUAAUAACAAAAUAACAUAAAUUAUUAAAUUAAGGUAAUCCAUAGGAAUGUUGAUUGUAUUCUAUCAGUCUAGUGAUAAAAUUUAAUACUGUAAAUUUAUGGUGAAGUCUGCUGAUAUUUGCUUAACAUGUCUAAUAUUUUUAAUUUGUCUCCUUAAAUUUGACUAUUACAAAAUUGAUAAAAAUUGAUAUACUUUUCAUCUUGGGUAGGCUAUUGUAUGAAAUUAUUGUGAAAAAAAGAAUAAAAGAUUUUAUGUGGGGCUCUGUUAAAGAAUUUUCGGUACUUCAGUGUUAUUUUGACUACCUCUGUAUAUGAAUCUAUUUAUAAAUGUAUAUUCCUGUGUUGUAAUCUGUAUACAAUUUAUAUUUUGUUUUAUAUCUGUAUAUAUUUCGUCAGUCAGUUGACAGUCUUUGUAUUGUCCAUAGUAUAGUAGCCAGUUAUUAUAUACUAUAUAGUACCUACGUGCUUUGUCUUCGUAAAAAACAGAGGGGAACAGAUCGCCAUCAUCUAGAUUCAUACCUGACUGAAUUUAUUUGGCGACAAAACUUUGCAAAUGAUCCACCGUUUGAUAGAAUUCUAGUGGAUAUUAAAACUAACUUUCCUCUGCAAAAAAAUUAUUAACUAAAUGUUUUUUUAUUUUAUUUUUGCUUGAAAUUGUAAAUUGAUUGUUUUUAUAAGUACACUUUAGUUUUACCAGAUUUUUUUUACUAAAUUAUUAUUUAAUUUUUGCUUGACAUUUUAAAAUGUUAACUAAAUUUUAAUUAAACAUUAACAAUAUAAUACGAAUAUAUCUUAAUUUUUUGUUUGAUAAAUUGCGGUACUAGUCGAGAUAACACGGAUAAUAAUAAUAGAUAGUCUUGAAAAUAUUUUUGGUAGGUGUGAUAACACGGUUGUGCACCCAAAGUAGUCAAGAUAACACGGAGGUACCAUUUUUUCUUUGUUUUAAUAAUUUUAUCUACAAGCACUUAAGAAUAUUAGGUGUUUUUAGUUGUGACUUACACCAAAUCUUUUGUUAAGUUUGUUAGAUUCGAUAAAGUUUAACAUAUUGCACAUGUUUGAAUAUUUGAUGUUAAGACAUUUUGCAAUAUUUGAUAGAUUGGCUUCGUUUCUUUCUGAGUUGAAUUGAUAGCAUUCUAAUAAAAGAUAUUUGAAAGUAACUCGAGUUUUCUAUGACAUACAGAGGUCUGGCCCCAGGGGGGGUUUUGAGACCUUGGCGAAACAAUUAAAUUUAUUAUUCUAAUAUUAUUGAUUGAUAAGAAAAAAAAUGUCCUCUUACCUCCUGGGGGGUGUCCUCCAUAAAGACCCUCUUGUUUGGCUCAUGGAUGUUUAUGUCCUAUUCUGAGUUGUGUUAACAUCUUCACUCAUUAUGUGAAAUCUCUGUGAUCCAUCUAUCAGGAGUAGAUUUUAUUUUCUCAGUGUAUUCCAUGUGUAAUGAUAGGCAUUUAUUAUAGGUUUUUUAUUUUACACUAAUAAAUUCUUCCUUUUUUACCAGUUUGGAAAACUUGUAUUGGACAUUGUAUUAAUCAGAAUUUCUUUAGGGUCAAAUAGUCACUCCAGGACCUCCCCCAGGUUUCUCCCAUUUUUUAAAAAUUUUUUUUAAUGCCAUUAGAGUACAAUAAAAAUGUUGAUUAUCAUAGUAAGACAUUCAAAAUAACAAUUGAACAAAAGUAGGCCCAUUACAAAUAGUAAGAAAUAAAAUAAAAAUAUCAAAAUAAAUCAUAAAUGGAAGGAGGAGUUUUCAUUGGCAAGUGACAUGAUACGUCUUGGAGGUGCAUUCUGUAAAUACAGUCAAACUUGCGAUGUAAUGAUAUAGUGUCCGCAUUAUAUGUGUUGGUCUGAAUUUUAAUAUUGGAAAAUGCAAAUCUAUGCCAUUAACUAGAAGGCAUUUUUACAUUAAGUAUUCGUGCAAAAUUAGCGUAUCUUUCUUAAUAUCAGUUAUUUCUGUUGAAGAUCAUUAGUAUUCCCAUUACUUUUACCUUGGGCUUACCCCUCACAUAGAGCUUGUGCUGUAAGGCUCUAAAAAAUGUUGGGCUUAAAAAACGUGUUUCGAGUGAGUUUAAACUUGUGGCUACUAUAAAAGCUAUUUACUAAUCUUUUGUUUGCUCUAUUUUAGAGUUCUCUUCAGUGAUUUUGGACCCGUACACUGCUACUUUGUUUUAGCCAUUGAGAGUGCAGUGUUGUUUUUUUGCUUUGUGACUUACAUUUUUAAUAUCAAACAUUCCCAGCAUGAUUGCACUAGCGUCCUUAGCUACCUUUCUCUUGAUUCACUUGCAGACAGAAGAGUAUUAAUAUUCGAUUGUUGAGUAAGCUAUUAGAUGGCUCUAUUAACUCCCCUUCCCCCCUUUCCCAAGUAAACUUCAGUGUUCCUCCUCGUGCCUUUCACGCUCCCUUUUAUGUUCCAAUUCAUAUUAUAAUUCAUAACCAGACUAAACAUUGUAUGCAAAGAAAAUCCCAACAUUUUCAAUUUCUAAAUCUGCAUGUUUUAUAGUACAUAUAUAUAUAUACCUUAUAUUCAGUGUUUUUUUUGUUCUAUUAUCAUUGUUAACUAUCAUUUGUACUUUUAGUAUUAUGGUUAGUUGUUUAAGGAUUGGUAAUCUAAUGCUAAAGAAUUUUCUAUGUAACAGAACUACUACAUUUCUAUGUUAAAUUGCCCGUUGAGAUAUAAAUAAAUAAAUAACAAAGUUCGAUAUAUGAAACUUCAAGAAUCUCGUGAUGUAACAAAAAAAUUAAAUGUAUUUUAGUUCCCUUGAUAUAUCCAAGUCUUUUUUGCCAAAUCUCUCGCAACAAAUUUUCACCUACAAUUUCGUUGCUUAAUAUUGUACAUUUUUAAUUUUUAUUAAGAUAAAAUAGACAUCUACUAAUGUAUAGUAACGAAAAUACAUAACUAAUAAAUAUAAAAAUAAAUAACAUAAUAUUACUAAAUUUUUCUGGCAUUCAUAUUGUAGUACAUUAUUGCUAUUAAGAUAAGAUGUCGAUAAAUGCAUAAUGAGUAUGCAAAAUGUACAGAAAUAUGCUUUACUUUACUGUUCUUAUUUGUAUAUACAUCAUCGUAUAGUCAUUACUCGUGUAUUUUAUACAUAUGUAAUACAUACUGUGAAUUUACUAUGUAUAUAUUUAUAAUAGGCAUGCGUGUAAAUAUUAUUAAAUGAAAAUAAAUAUAUAAUUUUAUUUAUUUAUUUAUUCAGCCAAAUCAAUUAUAAUUUACUAAUUGUAGUGUGUUGAUUUAUAAAUUUUGUUAGUUUAUGUUCUUGAUAUAAUGAAUUUUGAUUUUUCAAACUUUUUUUUCUCCCUUUAAAUUUGUUAUAUCACGAGUUAAUUGUAGUUUGUGUGUUAGAUCUAGGAAUAUGGAAGAUAUUUUGAAAACUACAUGUAUGUGUAUGUAUGUGAUUUACUUUGUAAAACAAUAAAUAAUUGAAUACCAAAAUAAUUCAACACUAUAUUAUACUACAAUUACUUUCCAAAAAAAUCAUGAAAUUUGAACAUAAAAAUUGUAGGGGUGAUGUUUGUAGAAAAUGUGAUCUCUCUCUUUUUAUUUGCGGUGUUAAAAUCAAAAAAAAAUACCCAUCAACCAAAUUUCAUAUUAAAAUGCCAACCAAUCAACUUUUAUCACAUUAAUCAGCUUAUAUAGAAACUCUAAUUCACAAAGUUUAGCUUAUUUAGUUCAGAGGAAUUUUGCUAAUAGUGUUCAAAAGUAGCUCGGAAAAUAUAUAUAUAUCUUAACAGACAUUUAAUUUCUGCAUUGGUCAAAUAUAUUUUGAAUACACAAAAUAAUAAAAACUAACAUUACUAAUAACAAAUUUAUGUUUAUUUUAAAGAAAAUUAAAAUUAAACAUUAUAUGAUUUCUUGAUAGAUUUUAUUUGACAUUUUAAUAUUCAAAAGUACUUACCUAAGUAGAUUUUCUGAAAAAUAAUAAUUUGUCAUCAAUAAAUAAUUAAUAAUAAUAAUUAUUGAGUAAAUAUCUAGUUAAAUAUCAUUUAUAACAUGUUAUAUAAUGUAUAUUGUCAUUCAGUAGUUUAAGACGUCAAAUGUACUUAUUUUCAUUGGAGUCUUUUAUUUAACAACCAAGUCGUAUUUUAUAAAAUAUUUCUUCAUGAUAGCUUAGUGGGUCUUGAAGUUCCAUCCCUACCACCACAAUCCUAUUCUAUCAAUCAUAUGACACAUUUUAUGUUUAUUAAACAGGCAGUAUUAUAUUAUUCAAUUACUUUUAUUUUAUUUCAUAAAAUCUACCUUUAUUAUAAUUGGACCAUGUUUUAAAAAAAAAAUUAAAUUUUCAUGUACUUUUUUUCUAACCGGAGAAAAAUUAAAAAUUAGAAAUUUGAUUUUUAUCAAUAAAGUAAGACAUAAUAACUGAUAUUAAAUUUUUAACAAAUAUUUAUUAUAUAUAUUUUUUUUAGUCAUAAGUAUAAUUUUAAAAAUAUUUUUCCUUGUUAAAAUUCAUUAAUAAGUGAUUUUUAAAAUUAGCUUUUUUUUGUUUUUAUGAAUUUUUCUUAAGUAAAAAGGCUUAAAUAUUUUAUAGAAGAUAACAUAUAAGUUAUCCAUAUUAUGGGAAUAAAAAAAUAUCAAAAAAGCAUUGUUAUAAUUUAUUUAGGUAAAUACACAAUUUUAUUAUAGGCGCUGAAAUAGUUAUAUAUUAUUUUGUAGUUCCAAAUUAGUAUUUGAAUUUCUAAUUGAACAGGGCAGAAUCUUACUAUAUUUGCAAUUAUAUCCUUGUACAUUCCCAACUUCCCAAUUAAAUAGUGGUCUACUAUUAUAAUUAUUAUUCAAGUUAUACAAAGGGUGAUCAAUUCUCAAUAAGAUACUAAGAUAUAGUUUCAGAACGUAAUAACUAUUUUAAGAAUUUUUCUUUUCGGCAAUUAAAGAAAAAAACAUUUAAAAAUGUUAAUGAUAUUCUACUUUUAAUUUUUGAUAGAAGGAGAAUAGUAGAGCAUUAUCAAAAAUGUCACACUGAUGAUGCUCACUACUCUCCCCCUACCCAAACUUAAAAGUAGAAUAUGUCGUCAACAGGUCGAUGUAAAUUCAAAAUUUCAGUGGGAAAAUCUAGUUAAUGUAGUGUGUGUUGACAGAAAUCAAAAAUUUGAAUCCCAAAAUGUAUUAUUUAAACUAAUAUUUCACCUACUAUUCUAACAUCGCAGACUAUGCUGUCAAAAAAAUGACGUCUACCAUGAUAUAACAACAUUUUUUAAACUUAUUUUUUGUGUUUUUGUGGAACCCAAGUUUAGUAAACUUAGCUCCAAUAAUCAAAAAUAUAAAUUUAGACAUUUGGACAAAUAAUAUUAAUGGUUAGAAAUUUAUAAAUAAGUAUUUAAAUACUACUAAUCAAUUUUUAUGUUUGUUUAAUUCGAAAGGCACUUUGCCAGAGGAAGACACCAGUCUGGAGCUAGUCUGGACGCUCCAAAAUUUAAGCUUCUCCCCAAAAAAUCAGAUUAUUGGUACAGCUGUUUACCAAUAAUUAUUGUUAAAUUAUAUGUUUGACCCCACUCUCCAUCCCAAAAAAAAAUUAGAUUGAUUUUUUUUAUGUUUCUACUGAAAUAUAAUUGAUAAAGUGAUAUAAGUGACACAGUACCUUAGAGUUAGGUAGGUAUCUAAGGAAACCAUAAAUAUACAACAUAUAAUACUAGAUAGCUAACAUACAUGGUGUCGCGUAAAACCAUACACUAUUUACAAAGUUGUCUAUGUUUGUAAAUAUUGUUAUUAAUUAUUAUUAAUAAAGUUAAUUGAUAUAUUAUAAUUUAGUAAGUUUAUAUUAUUCACUUAAGUUUAAUCAAAUAAAACAAAUCAACAAACUAAAACCAUUUAAGAUUGUAACAUUUAUAUUGUCAUUUAACUAUAUACCUAUAACCUAUACAUUUAUUAUUUAUUCCAUAUUGAUUAUUACUGUAUCGUAAAUAUAAAAUCUUGUAUCGAUAAAUAAUGGCUAUUACAAGAAAAUUAAAAUUUUGUUCAAAUUGAUCUCAAUAUAUCAAAUAUUAACCAAUAAUUUUAGUAUUUCGUAUAUUCUUCGUAGAAAAUAAUAUGAUGAUUGUAUAAGUGAUGUACAUCUCAAAAAUUUGAUUACGAUAAAACUUGGAAAAAUUAAAUUUUAAUGCCAGAGGCAUUUAAAGCCUUAAACUAAGCCAUAUCCAUAAUAAUGCCAACAAAUGUUAACUUCAUUAUGUUCAAAGUUAAUUCCUAAAAGUAAUAAUAAAGUAUAUAAUAACUUAUUAAAAAACCUCGUUAAAACCUAAAUUUUACAUUUCUUUUGACAAUUGAACUAUCUAAAUAAAACAAUUUUCAAGGGGGGACUGUAACUUAUAGAAUUUAAUUUAAAUUAAUAUAUAGCAUUGCAGGUCAUUUCAAAAAGGGUUAAAUUGGAAUGGAGACCCUUGGGUUAUAUAAAUACAUUAUAGUCCUAUUGAUGUUUUUUAAGUUAAAAGCUUUAUUAGAAACAAAUAUAGACUCUAUAGUAAAAUUAAAAUUAAAUAAAAUUUUAUAGAAAAAGGUGAAUCAAAACUCCAACAAAUUAAAUUAUUUGAUUCAUUUUGUCAUCAUUAUUUGAAAUUUUACUAAAAUUGGAGAUUUAUCAAAUGAGAAAUAAAAUAUAAAAUUAUGAAAAUUUGCUAUUGACUAAAAUUCAACUUAAAACAUACAAAAUUUAUUUGAAGUUAUUAUGUGAAUUACACACAAAAUUGUAACUUAUUAUGUUAAAAAGUAACUCAUUAAAUAGCACAAUUAAUAUUAACUUAUGUUUAAAUUUAAUUUAAACCUUAAAACUUUAUUGCACAGUAUUGCCAUGUAACUUGUAUAGUUAUAUUAUGCCUGUAGGUGAUAUAAUUGAAAUUACUACCUUCUGACAGCCAGUCAAUUUUUUUUUUUUUUCAUGAAAAACUGGAUGUUUUAUAAUUUAUGUUUCACCUAUUGUCAGUAAAAAUAAAACUAUUGUUAAUCACAAACCUAAUUUUGAUUGUUUAAAUUGAAUUAUGAUUUUAGUUUUAAUGUAGCUUAUCAAAUAAUUUUAUGAAAAUUACCCAAUUCAUUAAAUUGCCAUAAGAAAUGUGCAGGUUGGCAAUUCUCUUGUUUUCAUAUGUUUAUUGAAAAGGUAGAUUUUUUCAUAAACCUUAAAAUUAAUUUUCUCCUUGAAUACAAAUAUUAAACAUCUCUUAAAAUUAAUUGGAAUUAUGUAGAAAACAAUUAGUUAAUAGGAAGUUAUAGUCUGUCUCACAAAAGAACAUUUCUGCACAUACAUAUUGAGUUCCUGACAAUCUGGUAGUCGACUGAGCUGUCGUUUCCCCCUCAAUGUAAUUAGAUGCAAUGAUGGUAAUGCAUAGAAAAGUGUGGCGAUGAUUGGUUUUGGUCAAUGCGUGUUCCGUUCUCUUGUGGGGCAGUACUGUUUUUAAUAUUAUAUUUCUUUCACAUGUUUUUUUUUUAUAUUUGUACACUAUUAAGUUUUUAAGAUUGAUUCCCACCAUUAUAGAAUUAUCUUAAUAUUUAAAUUUUAUUUUGUUAGUAUAUAUUAUAUUAUUAUAAUAAUUAUUUGCUUUGUUUUUUUUAGACUCAUGGCGAAAUUUUCAAAAAAAAUUGUCAGUAAAAGUUUAUAUGUUUUCAUUUUAAAAGAAUCCACUCCACAACUAUUAAAUAUGUAAGUAAUAAUUUGAUAUUUAUGCUAUAUUUCUUACAGUUUUUGUCUUGAAAGUAAUAUGCUUAAACAUGUUAUAUAUGAUUGAUUAAUUAAAUUAAUCAAUAAAACUAUAAUAAAUUUAAAAAAAACUUGUAAAAUUAGUGUAGUAGGUACAAAUAUUAGUUUAUAAAAACAAAAAUAUAGAAGUGCAAUACUUUACAUAUUAUAUUACAAUGAUUAUAUUAUAGUAAUAAAUUUUAAGCUUUUAAUUGCUAUGGUUGAACUAAAUCAAAAAGUUCAAAUUCAAAAUAAUUAUUUUAUAUGUUUUAUUAUUCAGUCUACGAUUUAUUAGUAAUAUAUUCUAAUUAAUAGUUACCUAUUUUUUUCGUCUUAAAUUAAAAGAAAAACUCAAAUUUGUAUUUUCUCUACAAUUUUAACUCCCAGAUGAGUAAUCAUACACAACUUUAAAUUUAAUAAGUUCUUCAAUUUUACUCCCAUAUUAUUCAAUUAUAUUAUUCAGUUUUUUUCUUAAAUAAAAUGUUUGGACCAAGUUUGGUAGGUUAUAUAAACGUUGUAGGUACAAUCAUAAUUCUUAAUCUUUUGAAUAUUGCCAUUUAGUAUAUUAUCUAUAUGGUUUUUGUUACAUCAUAAUAUUUUAGUAUGGCACUAACAUUUAUUUAUGCUAGAAGUAGAAAAAGUAGAAGUACUUACUUAAAUUUGUAGGUAUUCCAAAAAUAAAUUUACAAUGUCCUACACGUUAUGGAUAUUUUUCAAAAACCUAACAAAAUAUAAAAUAGUUUAAACAGGGUAUGCAUGAUCAUUUAAAAAUUAACAUUGUUAACAAGUACACAAAUAUUCUAUUACAUAGUUUUAAAUACAUUAUGUUUAUUUAAAAAUUAUUUAUCAAAACUUAAAAUAUAUCAUACAAAUUAAUAUAAGGAACUAUAUAUUAAAACUUAAUAAGUUAUGAGAAAUGUAUCAUUUAAUUUAAAUUUAAUAGGCUUCAUAAAUUAUUUUGAAAAAAACAUCUUGAAAUUGUAAAUCAUUUUAUUCUAUGAACAUUACAUUAUACAUUUUAUUUAACAUUUUAUUUAUUGUUUACAAUAAAUCAGAAUUUAUCAGAAUUUGUUUAUCAAAAUUGAUUUCUUAUUCAUCUGUUAAUAUCUUUUCAGAAUUAUUUUUAAUUUUUUCAAAUGAUUCACGGCUUGGCUGCCUAUCUUUAUUAUUAUUUAAGGAUAUGCAUUUCAAAAAGUUUUCAUACAUAUAUUUUUUUUUUUUUUGUGGUUUAAUAUUUUUUUUUUGUUCUAUUUUGUUGUACUGGUCAACCCCCAACUCCAACCGCAUUUUUUUCAAUUAAUAGCUGAGUGGGAAUAUGAAAAUAAUUUGAGAAACCUAAGAUUCUAUCCUUCAGUUUCGUUGUUAGUUAUUUAGCUAAAACUAUAAGUAUACAAAUCUAACCUUAACCCCUUAAAAUGUUUUCAUUGGGUAUUUUUACCUUUGGACAUUUUUACCUACAACCGAUUAAAACAUUUAUUUUAAUAAAAAUAUAAUACAUUUUAUUGUUAAUUUUUGAAAGUACUAUUUAUUCAUUAUAUUAUGGUAGGUAUAUUAGUUGCCAUGCAAUAUUUUGCUAUUGAUUAUACUGAUUCCUAGUAAAAUAAGAAAUAUUAUUUUUGCACUGUCAUUUUUCAUUAUAUUUUUGAGUUAUUCUGAGUUAUUUGAGUUAUUCUAUAUUAUUAUGAUUAAAUAAUUAUUUUGUAUGCCUUUAAUUUGUAUAGAUUUAUGGAUGCUGGUGGUUGGAAUUUGAUAUAUAAUUGGUUAAAAGACGCUGUUGAAACUGAUAAUAUAGUAUUAAUACAGGAUCUAUUAACAAUAUUUCAUAUUGUGCCUGUAACAAUGGACCGAUUAAAAGCUAAUGGAGGACCAAAAUUAGUCAAAAAGUUAUCCAAAACUCAUCUUGAUGAAGGUAAUUAUUAAAUAAUAUUGAAUUUAAGUGCAUAAACCAUGGCCUUAGAAUGAUGUAUUAUACAUAUUUAUUUAUUUACUUUUUUUUUAUAGUCUUAUGGCUAAUACUUAAAAUAGUUAAAAACUGCCAACAAUUAAAAUAGUAGGGGUCUUUUAAGAAUACAAAUUUGUUGUAGGUAUUUUUGUAAUGGUUUUUAAAACUUUAAUUUCAGAAGUAAAAUCAAUUGCACAGCAUUUAGUUGACAAAUGGUUAAAAGUAGUUAAAACUGAGCAGUGGCACAGUAUGAUGAGUGAUAAGGAAAGCUUGUCGAAACAAGAAACCUUAGAAAAUUUGAAACCUGAAAUUGCAAGGAAUUCAAAUAUGAGUAUACCUAAUGCUCCUAUUCUACCUGUCAUUUCUUCGGAACCUAUAGGUGACAACAAUUUGGAUUCUAAAAUUGACAAAACAAAGAUAAAAAUUGAACAUGAUAAAAUUAAAGAUCGAACGAAAAAAGAAAAACUUAUUUCUAUAAUUAAAGUUUCAGAAGAUCCUGAAAAAGUUAAAGAAAAACCAAAGAUUGAAAAAGAUAAAAUAAAAGAUGAACCUGACAAUCAUACCAAAGAGAAAAAAAGGAAUUUAAAAGAUAAAAAUGGUAAUCCUUUCUUAAGAAUAAUUGGUGAAAUGACUGAUAAUAAAUCUGAUGAAGAUAAGCAAAUAGAAAAUGAAAAUAUAUCCAAAAAUUCUAGCCGAAGAAAACAAAAUUUAAAAAGUCUGUCUACCGGAGAAAAAUUUAUGAAAUUAAAAUUAUCUCAUGAGAGUAAAAAGAAUACAGAUUCUGGUUCUGGUUCAGAUACAAAAAAACAAUCAAGACCCUUACCUCCUUCUGUCCCUAAACCAAAGUUACCAGAAUCUAAAACAAUUUUAGAAAAGAAAAAUUAUUCUAUUCAUGUAGAAAAAAAAGAAUUUGUUGGUGAGAAGAAACCAACUGUUAAAACAUUUAAAUCGAAAUUCCGAAGUACUGGUUUAGAGGAACAAGCGCCACCACCUCCUCACCCUAAAUCCAAAGUACAAUCUAAAAAGUCUAAGAAUGUAACACCUUUAUCUUCACCAAAGGCCGAAAAAAGAAGUUUAUCACCACCAUUAGAUUCUCCAAAUGAAAAGAAACUUAAGACAGCUCCUUCAGACAUCAAAAAACAACCACGUAAGAUUUUAUAUUUAUAUAAUAAUAUCUUUUUUAUUUUCUAUAAAUAAUUGCAGUGUCAGUAUAAUAUACAAAUUUAGAAAUGCAUACAUUUUUAUAAUUUAAAGUAAUUAUAAUAUUGAGUUCAAAUAAAGUAAUACAGGUUUUUAAUACCAGAUAAUAAUAGAACUAAUUCCUUUUUGUUUUUGGUUUAGGAUAUUUAGGGAAACUGUUGACUUAGUUUUUUAUGUAAUAUAUUUUUUUUAGUACAGCUAAAAAUUAAUUUGUUUUAAUGAUUAUUAAGCCUGAUUGCACAAAUGGUCUAAAAAUAUCUUAUAGACGCCUAUAAAUUAUAUGGCUCUGUGGCAAUAGUGUUGCACUAAAGAAUUUGAUGAAUUUUUAAAUUAAAUUAAAAUAGUUACCGGAUAAACUUAACCAACCAUUUAUAAUUGAUAAUUCUGAACCACGGUUAUCUCAAUCGAGUAGAUAACCGAGCCUUUAACAAUGAUAAGCGAUAAAACUGGUAUUUUUGGGCAAAAAAAAAACACAUUUUGUUAUUAGCCAUUAUGUUUUAGUACUUGAAUCAUUGUUUGAAAUAAAUAUCAUCAUAUUCAAUCAGUAGAUUAAAUCUAUAUCAUUAUUAUAUUAAAUCAAUAAUAGUGUCAUCACCUCGAUAAUAAAUUCAUUAUUAUUUGAUGAUGAUGAGGAUAACAUAUCUGUACAUUUUAGUUACGUUAAAUUUAAAAUUUAGCAAUAGGUUAUUUAAGUUCAAUAAAAAUUUAUCAGAAAUUUCAGAAAUAAUAACGUUGAUAAAAUGAUAAUAUCGUUCUGCAAGGAGUUACAGAUACAAAUUUGAUUUGUAAAUUAUAGUCACUUGCAGGUCUGAAAAUAGUCUACAGAAAUAAUACAGCUUGUUCAUGUAACACAUAAUCUGAUUUAUAGAUCUGUAAGUGCAUUAAUAGUUCUGUAAAUCGUAUUACUUUUAAUGAAUCAACAAUUAUUUACAAUGUUUAUGUACAUUAAAUUUUGGUUUUUUUCUAUUAUCUAUAGAAUCAUUAAAUGUUGGUAUCUCUAAUAUUUUCAAAUUGAAAUAGCAACUUGUGUUAUUAAACUUCCAUUCAAAUUAUUUUUAUUCUCGUUUUUAAAAAUGCCUUUUUAAUAUACAAAUUGAUUCUCAUGGAAUCUUACAACUAUACAAAAUAUUUUUUAUUUAAGCUUAGUCUUUCAAUAUUUUAGGUAAUUAUUUUUAUUUUUACAAAUUUCAAUUACUUAAUUUUAAUUUACACUGACACUGAUUUAUUUAUUGAAAAAAAAUGUAUUUAAUUUAUGUUGUUAUUAGUGAAUAAUUGUUCUAUAAGUAUAUUUCAGGAUAAUCUCCAGGUGUCCAAUGCUCAUCUUUAAUAAACAUCUGGUUUACAUUUUUAUGUAAGUGUAUUUAUGUGUGUUUGUAUCAGUUCAUAUAUGUUAAUUCAUUAUGACAACAAAACAUUUAUACACAUAAAUAUACUUACAAAUAUGGUUGAUUCGUAGCUAAUUCUUCCCUUUUAGUUUUGGAAAUCAAGCUUUAAAUGGAUAUUCAUAUUGAUAAUGGAGUUUUGUAAGGGUACUGGAUUCUUAAUUUAACAUAUCCACACUAAGACAAGGUAAGUGAACAAAUGAAUGUAUAUAUUCAAUAUAGAGCUUAUUUAACUAAAAUAGACACAAAUUUAUUUCCAAUAUCUAAAAUAUUGAAUUUUCUAUGUUGGAUAUAUACAUUAUACAUAUAUUGAAAAAUCAAUUUAGUUCCAAAUUUUGUAUUUUGGAUUAAUUAUUAUACAAGUGUAUUUACUAUUUAUCAUUCUAGUAUUCCCAAUUAAAACUAAACAUAUACUUUAAUAAUUUCAGAAUAAAUAUUUUGGUAUUUAAUUCAUCAUAAUAUUUCAUAAAUAAAUACAGUCACAAACUGCUAGUAGGGUUAAGUUAGAGUUGAAUUACAUUGGUGUUUGAUAAAUAUAAAUAAGUUUCAUUCUAUAGCUUUUUUGAAUUACAUAAAAUAAUAACUUCCCUAUGAUUUAAAUUUGAGUGUUACAGCCAAACAGCAAUAUAGGUAACGAUUAUAUUUUUUAAAUUCUUUUAUGACAUAGAUAACUAGUUAUAUUAUUGUAGGUAUUUAAUAUAAUUUUUUUUAUAAUAUUUGAUAUUAAAAAUUAAAUUUUAUGAUGCUUAUUUAAAAUUUAACUCUAAUACAAAUUAUUCUUUGCCAAUGAUAAAAUAUUUUUAUAAUUAUUAUGUUUUGAUAAGAAUUGACAAAAAAUAUAUUCCAUUAACAGAAUUAGAUAAUACUUAAAAAAUUCUUUAAAAGUUCAAUGGUUUGUAUUCUAUAGCUACAGCUUUUCACUAGCUUUAAAAUCUCUUUUUAAAAUCUAGUGUUUAAAUAUUCACAAACAUGUGUGACAUUAUUGUACCAUGUUUUAGAUACAAUUUGCUUAUUCUAUAUUUCUAAGAAAUCUGAUGCGUGCCAAAUACUUGAGUUUUAUUAUAUCUAUUAUUAUUCAUGUUAGUCUUCAGUAUGUUUAUGUAUAUUUUUACUAUUGAAAAUUAUUCAAUUACAAACUGAUAACAGUUGUAUACCAUAUAGCAUAUAUUUGAAUUCAGAAUAUUAUAAUAUUCUUAAAUACUUAAUGUUAAUCAUUAAUUUUUAAUAAAAUUUGGUAUUACGAUUUUUUGGAAAAUUUACUCAGUCAGAAUCAUUAUUUCAUCUAAUGUUUUUAUUUUAGAUUCCAAGCAUAGCGAGGGAGCUAUUGGUUUUACAAUGCUUUUUUUAUUUUCUAGUCUGAGGACACGUUUUUUUUUUACUUAACUUGCUCUGAUGUACAUGUGUAGCACCUUUUAUGGAAGCUCAAAUUGUCUAGAUUGUACUUUAAAGAGGUCAUUUUUAAAUUUUCGACGACAUUUUUUAAAUAAAUGUAUUUACGUGUGAAAAAACUGAGGAAAAUUUAAAAUUGUAUUAUUUAUAAAAACACGGACGACAUUUUCUACCAGAAUAAAUUAUUUAAUUUCUUACAGUAUAAUCGCCAAAACUUUUUAGCCACAUUUGAACUUUCUGGGAAUUUAAAUUUUUGGUAGAUGUUUUACUUUAAUUUAGUUAUAAAUAUGCAUAGAGAUUUGAAACUUGGUAAUAAUACUUAUAUUGGACUUACCUAAACAUGGUAAAAUUUUCAUAAUGAUCGGACUUUUUUUUUUAAUUAGCGUUUUGAAAUCAAAUUUAAACGAAAAUCGUAAAAAAAAAAUUAUGGCCCUUCAAAUUAUGCAUUACCGAACUGCACUCGGAAUCAUCUUUCUUUAAGCAAUGGUUAAUCUUUGCUUACAGAUAUAAAUGAAAUAAUCUUAUGUAUACUACCUUCCAAACUUCUCGCCUAUAACAGUGGCUGCUCACAUCCCCAGUAUCAGCUCUUUUUUUAUCAUGUACAUUAUAAUACUAAUAUUUAAUUAAUUUGGUAUCUGAAAUACCACCAAAAAAAGUGAUCCAUUUAAUACAUUUAUAAACAUUAUUUAUUUGUUCAUUAAUAAUUAUGAAUUGUUCAGAUCAGUGAAAUUUGAUUAACUUACAAAACAAAAUUGUUUUGAAUUUUUGCUUGACAUUAUAAUUUAUGAAAAUCAACAUACACAAUGGAAAUAUAAUAUGGGAUUGAACAUUUAUAGUUUUGUUUAUGUUACUCAAACCUAAAUUUCUGGUUAACGAACUUAUUUUCAACUUGUAGUAUCAUAAGUUAAUGGGUUAUAAAAUUACUAGUUUAAAUGAUUAAUUGAUUUAAAUUAUACAAUUAAAGCCAUUAUUUAUCAUUUAGUGAAAGUAUAUUUAACUUAAUAGAUAGUGGUUUUGAUAUUAUAGCAAAAUAUAAAUAUUAAUUUUUUAUCUGUCCAGGUAAUAUUGACUGGAUGAAUCAUCGCCUUGGUUGAAAAACAUUACAAUAGUUCAAAUUUGUAUAAGUUGUCUAAAUGUGUGUAAUUAUAUGCACAAAAUGUAUAAACUAUGAUUUAAAAUUAGUUAUUAAGUUUUUUGAGGAUGUUGGGUACAAUUUAUAUUUGUGCCUCGCCCAAAUGUAAAGACCUUUCUAAUUUCAGAUACAAAUAUACUACAAUAUUUGUUAAUUUAUUCCUAAAUUUAUAAAGAUGACAGUUUAUGGUUUUAAAUGGCUCUUCUGCAUGGAUACAUCUCAAGAUCUGUUGCUGCUGCAAAUCUGCAAGCAGGAAGAGUGCUGCUUGUGAAGAUGUUACAGUUUUGUCAUCAACACUUCAUUACAGAUUGCGAUCAUUUGAACCAUCGACACCAUAUAAUAUAUACUUUGAAUGUUACUUUAGUAUGUAUACCAAAUACUCUCAAGAAAAAGUUGUGAUAAAACUUUAAUGUUUGAUAUCCAAAAGUUCUGGAUGAAAACUACAAUUUAUAUCCUGUAUUUAGGUUAUUUGAGGUAAAAACUUUUGUCUCUUUCGUUACUCACUAAAAAAAAAGAAAAAAAAAAUAAGAAUAAGAAAAUAAAGCAUUAAAUGUUCAUAUUGAAACUAUUAUUUUUAUCAUAUUAUAAUAACUACCUACCUAUUAGAAAUAAAUGUCAAAAUGACAGUGGCAUUAAAAUAAUCCCACUUGACCGCCAAACAAUUAAAUUUGUGAAAGCGUGGUUAUUUGGCACUCGGUAGUUUUGGUGGUGGGACAGCUGUAAUUGGCACUGAAAAGAACUUAUCUAGCUGUAAAUUAUUAUUUAUUAUUGGUGACCGAAGAAAAUGGUGGGUAGAGUUAUACAAUUAGUGUUAAAGUGUGAUAAUUAACAGGUAAAAGGAGGUAACACAACUAGCCGGUUAUAGUUGGUCAGUAUCUAUAGCCAGUAAAGUAUAAUACACGUUUAUUCAAAUGUUAUGUUCCAGAUCUAUACUGACCCUUGUGGGAGAAUUGUAACCACAGACAGAUGUCCAUGUACCUAGACACAGCAUAUUAAUUUAAUAUAUUAAAUCAUUGGGAACAUUCGUUGAGUAAUUAAAAAAAAAAAAAAUAAUAAAUUACAUUAUAAUAAUAAUAAUUAUAAUUAUGGUAAUUAUCUACCUCAAUAGUUUUUAAGGGAUGCAUUCUUUGCGAAGAAUUCACUUUUUCAUUAGUUGUAUGAUUGUGCGUUCUUAUUGAUAGGCCAAAAUAUUUAUUUUUCAAGUACAGACUUCUAGAUUACAUAAGAACAAUGAAUAACGUUGGCGGUAAAUACAUGCAUACAUAGCCGACAUAUUUCUCUAGUGAAAAAUGGAAAUAUUUAUUUUAUUAAUUUAAAAGAAGGGGGAGAUCUAAUUGAAAUUAAAGACGUUCGUAUAGAAUAAAUUGUACAAUAUUUAUGUUGCCAAAUUUCACAUAAAUCGGAAAAAUCAUAUUGGAUAAACGUGUUAUUGAAUUACGAGAACCUAUAUUAAAACUAUGUAUAGAAUCAUAAUAACACCCGGUCCCGUCACCUUUAAAUGGGUCUUUAUUAGUAUACUUCCGUUUUUAACGUUCUUUAUUCAUUAUUUUAAUAUACCUAAUUCAGUUGUCAUAUUUGACAUUAAUUAAUAGGUUUUUAUUUUUGGAUUUUUAAUGUAUAUAUUGUUUUAAAAAUAUUUAAUUUGUUGAAGCAUUAUUUUAAUCCUAACCAAUUUGAGUUGUUGAAAGAUCUUAGAAAACUCUUAGAAAACAAAAUUAGAAUUUAUUGUACUGCAUUACAGUUCGUUCGCGUGACGUCAUCUUGUUAUUCAUAUCUUUCAUCUCGUGUAUUUUUUCCCUCAGCCUUAGAUCAUAUGCAAUGGAUGGAGUCAUCGCAUAUCACACCUAUAGAAUUGGUUGAUGCUAAUAAAUAGUGACAUCUGCGCAUGCGCGACUGCUUAUCAAAUAUCAAUCUAGUAUGCGCAUUUCACGGAGGUCCUAUUAUUUUUUGUUGGCAUCACAAAUUGUUAGAAUGACUCCAUCCAUUGUACAUGAUCUGAGCACAGUCAUAGUUUAUCAGGCUUAUGAUCUUUAUCAAUAGAUAUCUAUUUAUAAUAAAUUGCCUAAUCAUUUGUUUAGGUACAUUUUACUUUAAUUAUCUUAUACACAAUAUCAUAUGCUCUCAUAUUCAUCCUCUAAUACUUAGCCAUUUAUUGUUUGUUUUUCCUUUUUCCAACUUCUAUUUAAGCUAUUUAUACACUGAUAAGUUUGACUGCGAAAUUGAACAUUAGAUAUUAUUUUGAUUUUAUAUUUAAAUAAUGAGCACUAGAAGUAUUUAUUAAAAAAAUAUAAGGAUACUCGAAUUUACUGUCGCAAUCUAAUUAUUAUUAAUGAGCAAUAAAGUAAAAUCGUAUGUUAAUUUUAUUCAGGUUGUAACUUUUAGAUUGAAAUUGAAAGUUUAAACUCUCGAUUAAAAACUAGAUUCAAUACACGUGAACGUGGAUGAAAAAUGUAUCCUUGUGUUUACUCAAUACACUUGAAUUGAAUUUACAUCCGUGUUCACCUACUUGUUAUUCACGAAUCUUUAUGUUGCCCUUUAUUAAAAUAUGAACUGGUAAAUAUUAAAACUCUAAACCACUUGAAACCACAUACUCGGUUUUAUAAAUUCGAAUGUUAAUUUCAAUAAGGAGUUCUAGUUAAAACUCUAAAUUUAAACUUCACAAUUUAAAUUCUAAACACUUAAUGUGAUUGUGUCAUGUUGUUCGCUUAAUAAUAGACCUUUUACCUUCUGGGCUUUUUAAAUUUAAAAAAAUGACUUCUAAAUAAAAUUAAAUAACCUCUGCUAAAAGCCGUGUUUUUUAAUAUUAAUGCCAUUGCUUUUAAAAUUACCUAUCUACUUUACACAUAUCAGGUGAUUCAUUUAAGUGGAUACAUUCAUUAUCUCCGAAAGCAUUAACUUUUUUCGAAAUUUGUUUUCUAUAACAUUUUUGAAACAACUAGUUCUACAAUUUUAUACUUAUGCUAUUGUUUUGUAAUCCUUAUUUUUGGGAGUAAAACCACUACCCACUUUUGAUUUUCAAAGGGCAACCUAUAUUGAAAAUUCCAAAAAUAGAUUAAGUAUUAGAUAAAAUCAAUUUUAGUGUUGAAACUUGAUUUCCGUUUAUCCGUUGACGAGAUAUUCCAUUUUUAAGUUUGGGUUGGAGGAGAGUAGUGGAGUGUCAUUUAUGUGGCGGUACGGCGCGCGACAUUAUUUAUGCACCAUUACUUUACUCCAACCUAAAAUUAAAAGUGGAAUAUCUCGUCAACAGCUUGUCAGAAAUAAAUAAUUUCAACACUCAAAUUUAUUUUAAUUUAUACUCCAUCUAUUUAUGGAAUUUUUAAUAUAGGUUGCCCUUUGAAAAUCAAAAGUGGGUAGUGGUUUUAUUCCCAAAAAUAAGGGUUACAAAAAAAUAGCAUUAGUAUAAAAUUAUAGAGCUGAUUGUUUCUUAAAUGUUAUAGAAAACAAAUUUAGUAAAAAGUUAAUAUUUGCCGAGAUAAUGAGUCACCUAACCUAACUUAGUUUGCAAAAAAUAUUUUGAAGUACCUACCUACCUACCUGUAUACUAAUACAGUCAUAUCUGAGAAGCUAGGGACUUAACUCCCCCAAUACUUUUAAUUUUUAAGAUAAAUACCAAUUAUAUUUGAAACAAAAACAAUCGAUGAUUUAAUUUAAAACCGUUAUAUAUACUUUAACUGUUAAGAAAAGAGGGGGGGGGAAGUGAAAUAAGGCUAAACGUUUCCGCAGUCAUCAUUCGCGAUGCGCAAAGCCGGUGUAUUCUAGUUUGCAACAGAGUAGUGUUAAUUUUUAUAAAAGUAAUUUCAAUAUAUUCUAUAUUUGGGUUAAAAAUUAUAAUACAAACAUUCUGAUAGUAAUCAAAAUCAUAGACAAGGAUUUAACUUGAUAGUAAUUAAAAAAAAAAAAAAUAAUAAUAUUGAUUCAAAUAAAUGAAACUUGUCAAAUAUGACAAAUGUAUAAACAAUGUUAAAUAAAACGAAUUUGUAUAUUAUCUAUGUUGUCACUUCGUGAAAUCGACCUUUUUAUGAAAAGUUGUUCAUUUGAAGAAAAGGAAACGCCUUUUUCACAGUACAUGAAAUACAUAAAUAUUUCACAAUUGGUCACUUUUUUAUGAAACAGUCACUCGUAUUUGAUAUCGUGCAACUUUUUUUCAAGGUGUGAUCCACCAUUUAGUGUACUGAAAUCAAACAUUACUGCUUUCAACUAUUAUUGUAUUAUUUGUAUUAAGUAUUUUUGACGUUUUACAUAUUUGAGCAAGACAGUGAAUUUUGGCAACAGCUGUUACAUAUACAUAUUGUAUAUCAUUUAACUUUGACAUCAUUACGAUAUGGACAGUUUCGCGCAGUUUUUAAUUUUUUAAUUUAUUCAGUCAAAUUACUAUUUAUUGUACCGUACUGCAUAUUUCCCUCCAAAUGUAUAUAUAGAGCAGCUAAUACGUAUUACUUACAUAGUUCUGGCUAGUUUCUUUGGGGAAUCAGUUUUGAGUAAAACGCACUUUUCGAGUCAACAUUUUCCAGAAUAACACGACUAUUACCGAUCCAAAAUUAACUACAAGUAUAAUGUAUGUGAUCCAAACAACAAUGCCAUUGGACAUCAGUGUAUAAUCAAGAUACUGAUAAUAUUACGAUUUACAAUAUUAAAGCCUAUAGAUAAUAUUCUAUACAUUUUAUUUAAUAAUCUUCGAUAUAAAUAAAUUUUCAAAAAAUGAUCGGACGAUAGGAAUUAUCAAAUAUAAAUAAUAAUACAAUAGUAGUUGAAUUUGCAGUAAUUGUUAUAUUUCAGUACACUAAUUGGUUCUCAGCAUAGAGAAAAAAAGUCAUAAAAUAUUAAAUUUUACUAAGUGUUGAACGAUACACAUGAAAAAAAUUUCACCAAGUGGCUACGCCAAAUAGGUAUAUAUUUUAUGAACAUUGUUCACAUUGCUCAGGCAAUUUCCACCAAAUUAUUUUUAAGUUAUUGUAUAAUAUUGUUGGAAAAAAAAAUAAUUUUGAUUAUAUUUAUUCAAUAUUUUUUCAGUUUUUUUUUUUAAUAAUUAAAAUAAAUGCUUUACAAUUAAAAUGUUAUUAAGUUUUUUCUAGAUGAGAUGGACUAAAUACAAUUUUAAAAUCUUACUUAAUUUUAAAAAAAAAAAUUAAGAUAGCCAUUUUGUAAAAUAGAUUUUUAGAAUAAUUUUGGUGGUUGAAACUUCUGUGUAGGUGUAGUAUUAAUUUCUAAAAAAAAAUGAACUUGGCAAAUGUGAAUAUUAUUGUGGUUUAUAAUUUAUUAUAGUAUUUAAUCCAUAGUCAGUAUUACUGUAUGAUAUCAACUCAUUGAUAAGAAAAUCCUUGUCAUUUAAUGUGCUCUGACUACUCAUUAAAUAUUAUAAUGUAAGCUACAUCAGUAUUCACAUUAUCAAAAACUUCAAAAAAUUGUAGAAAAUAAAUGUUUUAACCACUAAAAAUUUUCUUAAAUUUUUUUUUUAAAAUAUAGUAAAAUUUUAAACUUUUUAUUUAGUCUUCCUAUCUAAAUAAAACCUAAUAAUAUUUUAAUUGUAGCACAGAAUUUUACUAAUCAUUAAAAAAAAAAAAAAAAAAUUGAAUACAACAAAAGUUAUUUCAAGUGGUAAAUAGUUAUGUAACACUGUAUUCUGAAUAUUAAAAAACAAUUUUAAUAAUUAUUAGGUUAGGCACUUAAUAUUACGUCAUACGAAAUUAAUAAAUGAUUAUUACAAAGUCAGUCCAUUUUGAACCACGCUGUAUAAUUUGUCUAUUAAUUUUAUUAUUAGGUACACCAACAUCAUUUGGCAAGAAUUGUUAUACUUUAGCCUUUUAGACCUACAAGUGCAGAACUAGGUGCUAAUAUUCUAUUAGAUAUAUUUACCUAUUUGGGGCACCCACUUCUUUACAAAAUGACAACGGACGUAAAUUCGUAAAUAAAAUACAUAAUUUCUGAACUCAGUAAUAUGUAAAAUAUUACUUUAAGUAAUUAGUUAAUAAUACAAUUAUUAAUAAUAACUUAUUUAUUUUGUAUGACGUCGUGACAUCAAUAUUAAGUAUAUAAUUAUUAUCAUGAUAAUUAUGAUUGUUUUAAAAUAUUAAUUAAUUAAUAAUGUAUCGAAUCAUUUUUUUUUCCAUUAAUAUUAUAUAAUUAUAAGUAACACCUAAUAAAUUUAAUAAAAAAUAUUGCACAACAAAUAAUUUUUAUUCGCUGUCCACAUUGCUCUAAAAUGCUAUUUUACCAUUACUUUUUUCACCUUAAUUUUUAGGGGUAAAAUGACAACCUUAGUUUGAUUUUUAAAUACUAACCUAUGUACAAAAUUAUAUCCUAUAAUUAUAAACUAUAAUAUAAUAAAAAUUAUAUUAUAGUUAUCCAAAAGGAUAACUAUGAAAAGACCUCAAUUGUUUGAGUGGUUUUCCAGUUUCAAAAUAAAAAUGCCAAUUGAUGACCAAUCUCUGGUCCCGCUGGCUGCCCUUUGUCGACUUAAAACUGAAAACGUAACAAUUUUCUUGAAAUAAUACCGAAAAAUCGAUGACGGACUAUUGAAAAAGUUUUGGAGUGACUUACAGGAGUUCAAUACAGUGAAUUUUAAGUUAAGAUUUGGGGAUGAGAAGGUUAGCUGCCAAAUUCGUGUUUCAAUUGUUUAGUGCACAUAAAAAACAAGGGUACAUUGGACUGAAGUAUGCUGUGCUUUCAAAGUUGAGUUCCAAAAUGAUAUAUUCUUUUUUUGUUGAUAAAUUAUCUCUGUUCUGUGCUAUUUUCCCUAAGUAGAAAGUAAAACUUCACUAUCGCACUCUGGGGAAAUCGGUUAUUGAAUAAACAAUGAGCACAAAAAACAAAUGUUACAAAAAGGUUUAAAACACCCAAUCAGAAUGACAUCAGUUUCAAACUAUAACUAGCUUACUCUGAAGUCUAAAUUAUACUAUCAGCCUAAAUCGAUUUUAUAAAAACUACGAUCCCCACCAUAUUAGUCUGAUUACUUUUGAGUUUUGAGUAUCUCCUAGUAUUAUGUGGAUCGUACGUAUAAUAUAAUUCGAACAUUGUUUUAUGUUGUAGAUAUUUAAUUGGUGUUUUUUAAAUGAAAUGUAAAUUUUUUGAUAAUUGGAAUAAAAUUAGUGUAAAGAAAAAUCUUUACUUUUUCUUAGUAAACUUAUAACGUAAUUAAUAAUCAUUUUAAUAUCCUUUUCUUUUAAACAAUAUUGAAAGAAUAUUAGGUUUUACUGAAAAGUCACGUGGCCGGGAUUAUUUUUAGGGGGGUUUAAACAUAAAUUGUGUUAUCAAAUACUAAUACUUGCACCAAUAAUCUAAUUUUUUGAUUAAAAGCUUAAAUGUUGAGGGGUCCGGACCCCAUAACUAUGUGCCUGUCGCUGAGGUUAUUACAUCGUAUGGAGGACCUGGGUUUAGUUGUAGAUAAAAUUUUACAUAAUUGGUACUUAUGUCUAAUAUUAAUGUAUUAUACAUAUUACACCGGAUGAUUUUUUUAUCGUUCAAACAUUCAUUAUUUCGAAAAAUAUCCACUAUUAUUUUUUAUUUUUUUUUUCUUGAAAACUUAAGAAACAAAUACUUUUCAAAUGUUACGUUAUCAUUUUUUUUUUUUUUUAUCACCCUUAUUUUUGUGAAUAAAACGCAGACAAUUUAUCAGGGAGCGGCAGUAUACUUAAUAAAGUUUCGAAUUGCUUUUUUUUUUCGUGCAACCUUAAAUAAGAACCAAACCGACAUAGGAAGGGGCAUAAUAUAAUCAAACACCAAAAAAUUAUGUAAAUUAUCUAAUUAUUAAAACUAUAUUUGAAAUUUUGAAGUCCAGGGAGGGGCAAAUGCCCUGUUUCUCCCCCCCCCCCGGGCGCCUAUGACGUCAACCUUUAUUGAAAAUGCUUUAAAUAAAUUGAGUAUUAGUUAAAGUAAAUUUUGGUGUUGAUAUUUUUGAUUUCCGUCAGUCCAUUGACGACAUAUUCCACUUUUAAGAGUUUGGUUGGAGUAGAGUAGUGGUACAUUAUUAAAACGCCGUUCGCUGUGCCGCUACACAAAUGAUGCUUCACUACUCUCCUCCGACCCAAACUUAAAAGUGGAAUAUUUCGUCAAUGAAUAGACGGAAAUUAAAAAUCUCAACACCAAAAUGUAUUUUAACUAAUACUCCAUCUAUUUAAGGUAUUUGAAAAUAAAAAGUAGGUAGUCGUUUCAUCCCUAAAAGUUAAGGCGACGAAAAUUAAUAUAAAUGUAAAAGUGCUGAGCUUGUUUCUUAAAUUUUCUAUAAAACAUUUUCGACUAUUUUAUGAUAGAUUGAUCACUCUGCAUAUAUAUAAAUUAAUAGAUAAAUAUACAUAUAUACAGGCCCCCUAUAUAUUUAGAAAAAAAGUACCCGUUCAGUUAAACAAAAGUCUAGGGGGCCUAUGGCCAUGACCAUAGGCCCUUAUAGCUGAUUCACCGCUAAGGAAUAGAUUUAUAUGCAUUUAAAAUACGCAAAAAGGCUGUUAAAAUCGUCAAAAAAAUCACAUAAAAAUAUUUAGAAAAACAGAAGUUGUAAAGAGGAUUAAAAGUCUCCCCUCUAAUAUUUCUAACCUUGUUAAAUAAAAUUCUCUAAUGUUAAAAAAUGAUUAACACAAAGUAUUUUUAUAUAUAUAUAUAUAUAUAUGUGUACGAUUUUAGUUGAAAAAAUUAUUUGUUUCGACCAUUUUUGUUGUGCUAAAAAAUUAUUUUUAAUAAGUUCAAGCCAUUAGAGAAGGCGACUUUUAUACUCCUUUACCAUUUUUUGCUUUUUAAAUUUUUAAAUGAAUUUUUAGGGAUUUGUUGAGUCUUAUAAGCGGUUUUUUGUGAAUCGAAGUGCAUAUAAAAUCUGUUCCCUAAUACAUUCCCUGUACAUCAGCAUAGAUAUUAACUAUUAUUGUAUCUAUAUUUCUAAGUCAAUUGGAUAGAUCACUGACAGUAUGAUGUGAGUUGCUAUAGGAAGUUUUCGGAGGUCAAUAGUAAUAAUCUGUGUACCUAAUACUAAUAUUAUGGCUUAUGGACAUUGAAUAUAGGAAAUAGCAUAUCAUUAUUUAUUUAUCGGACUUUUAGACCUGAUCGAAAUUGAAAAUCCUAUUAAAAAAAAAAAUGUAUACAUGUAUGUAUGUAUAUUUGUAAUCAGUUACAUUGCGGAAAAAAAAUAUCAACUUGUCAAAAUCGCGCUAUUGUUACAUUUUAUAGAACUUAUCAAGGUGAAGGUAUUUUAAGGUGGCUAUAAUGAUGCAACAUAGUGUUAUUAUAGUGACGUAAUUUAUAUUAUACGGUUACAUAAUUUCUCUACAGUUUUUUUUUUUUUGUAUACCUAUGUAUAAUAUUUUUUAGUAUUCUUAUUAUACAAUGAUUGUAUUCAUGUAUUUUUGAUUUUACCAUGUCAUCGUAGUUUUGUAUGUAUAUCUAUGUUACGGUCAAAGUAGAAAACUCGAUAAUUGUAAUACAGUGCCAGGGCAUUUUGGGCCGUGUAAUAGAUGUCGUUUUUAAUGCCUACUAAAUUUGUUCCUACAUUAAAGUACUACAGUGUAGGACUGCGCGAUUAAUCGAAUAUGAAUCGAUUAUUUUGUUAUCCGAUUAAUCAGUUAUUCGAAUAAUUGAUGAAAAAACAUUUGUCCACUUUCUUACAUUCGAUUAAUCUAUUAUAAUCGCAAACUUUUAGAAUAAUCGAUUAUUGCAGGAAAAAAAACCGUACAGUUUUACUGUAGUACAAAGUAGUGAACUCUGAACGGAUUUGUGGGGGCAAAGUGAAUUUCAUUCAGCGUACUUUUAUUUCGAAUAACCUUCACAAUACGUUACUGGUUACUACAUAAAUUUUUGGUUUGUUAGAAAUAUUACGAUUUACGAGAUAGUAUCAAUUGUCUAUUUUAUUUAUUUCUACAAAUAAAAUAUACUAUAAAGUUUGGUGGUUUUUCAAUAAUUAUAAGAUCAUUUCGUUUUAUAAUCUAAUCGAAAAACUACAACUAGAUAGCUAAUAUUUGGUAGGAAUGUAACAGUUUUUAUAAUAACACGGCUUUUGUACUAACAUACUGUGCACGAUAAUCAGUUUUCCUAUUAGGUCUACCUAUAAAUAUCCUAUUAAACAUACCUACCUACAAAGUGAAGUUUUGGUUUUAGUUUGCUAGUAUAGUUUCUAACGUAAUGUUUUAAUAAAAUAGGAGGGUGUGUUUUACAUUUAAUUUUAAAUAUUUUAUCUAAUUUGCUCAAUUAGAUUUGGCCACUUAAACAAUGCCCGGACAAUAUACAAUCGUUCUCACUUUGCGCACGAAUAUCUGUCAGUGUUAUACAAUUUCCGAUUCCCUACUUUGACUGUAACAUAUACAGAAUGUCCCACAGAGAUCAAACAAAAUGCAAUAGCUUUUGUUCUGUUCAAUAUUUUUAAGUUUUUCUUUUUUAUAAUAAUUACUAGAGACUUGUGCUAUGUUUCUUAUAUGUUGCACACUUUUAAAAUUAAAACAACAUUUUGGUACUAAAAAUGGUUACUAAUAAUAAAUUAUUAAUUUCCUAAACAAUUUGGAAGUUAACAAAAUUAUUUUUCAUGGAAAAAGUUAGUGAGUUGAUUGAUAUUAUUUAGUAGUGGCAAUGGGAACAAUUUAAAUUAUUGUAAACUUAAAAAUACUGGAAAAUUAACAACUUAAGUAAACAUUUUGUUUUAAAAUUUAUUUAUAAAAUGCUAUAUUAAUUGUUUUUUAUUUUUAGUAUAAGAAAAGUAUAAAAUAUAUGAAUUACAGUGCAAGUUUCUAUUAAUUAUUCCAAAACAGUUAUUGAAUUGCCUAGUUUCAUUUGGAUUUCCCAGUUUUCCAUUAUCAUUAUUGCGUACCUAACAAAAGUUAUUGCAUUUUUUUAAUUUAUGAGACCUAUAUAAUAUUGUUAUUCUUUUACACAUAAAUGUUUAAUUUUUAUAUAUAUAUUUUAGUACCUAUCUAUAAUUUAUUAAAUACCUAUUUAUAAUAAUAUACCAGAAAUAAAUAUUGCAACUUUAGGUUGUGAGUACUAUUGAGUAGGUAUGUAUAACUAAUAACAACACUAAGCACUAAUCAGUUUUGUGUAAACCAUAUAAUCACACAAUUAGGUAUAUAUUUUUUUGAUUAUUCCCAAAUCGAAUAAACAAUAUAGUAAGUGUAUUAUAUUAUAUAGAUUUUAAAUACAUUGAACAUAUUAUGUAAACUUCAAUAUUACAAUUUUGUAAAAAUUAUUUAACAUUAUUGUUGAAUUUGUGCUAACGUUAAGGUUUUAUUAUAAAAUUAUUGAAUAAAUAUACCUAUACAUAAAUACAUAUAUUAUGUUUUUUUUUUUUUUAUAUGUAUAUUCAAUGUGAUCUAUUAAGUCAUGAUCUCAGAAAGUAAAUUUUUUUCAACAUUUUUUUUACAAUUUAAGUAAUAAACAACUCAAUAAUGUUAAUUUCUGGGGGUGAAACAACUACCUAUUUUUGAUUUUCUAAUAGUAAACACAUUUUAAAAAUGCUAUAAGUAGAUGUAAUAUUAGGGUUUGAAUAAUACAUUUUGGAGUUGAAAUUUUUGAUUCCCACUUAACUGUCAAGUUUAGAUAAGAGGAGAUUAGUGGAGCAUUAUGAAAACGCUAUGUGCUCUGUUACUCUCCCCCACCAAAACGCAAAAGUUUAAUAUCUUGCUAACGUGUUGACGAAAACCAAAAAUGUGAACACCAAAAUUUAUUUUAACUAAUACUUCAUCUACUUAUAAAAUUUUUAAGAUGUGUUUAAUGUUUGAAAAUCAAAAGUAGAUAGUCAUUUAACUCUUUUCUCCCCCCUCCAAAAAAAAAAAAAUGAUAGUAACAACAUAGUAGAGUUGCUAAUUGCUUAAAUUGUAAAAAAAAAAAAUUGAAAAUAGUUAAUACUUUCUAAGAUAAUAAGUAUACCUACUUAAUUGGAUCGUUUUGUACAUUAUGUAUCCCAUCCUACAUUCUUCCACUUUAAAUCUGUAUAGCCGUUUGAUUUUUAAUUUACUAUCAAUAAUUAAUUAUCAAUUUGAAUUUAACGUUUAGACUGAUGAAGAGAGGGGUAGUCAAUUUUUAGAUUUUGUGGACAAUAUCCUCACGCUACUUAUAAAACAUUUAUGUUUUUUUUUUUCGUUUUUUUUUUUCUAUGCGUUAAAAAUAAAUUACUAGAACAAAACUGAAGGAAUAUAAUAUGAUUCAAUUAAAAUUCACAAAAAUCGAAUGGCAAAAAAAUUAUCAAUAUCACAACGUUAUUGACGAAGUCCAACAUAAUGAAAUAUUGUUCAAAGCAAUAUGUUUGGGCUUAACGUGUAAUUGUAAUGAUUUAAAUUUCCUAUCUAAAGGAAAACAAAUAUUCAUUUUUUUAUAUAUUAUGCUGUGUGCAACUGCACCAAAAUCUCGUGGUGCCGUGUUUGUGGGUAUCUUCCUACUAGGUAUCUACUCAUAAUUAUUACGGUAAAUCAGUAUACUUUUUUCCUUAUUUCGUAAAUUUCUCUCUAUUAAUAUUAUAAGUCCAAACCAAAUUUAAAAUAUUUGCUUAAUAAUUAUUUUAAUUAUACUGAAACAAUUAAUAACAGAUAUAUUUAUGAUGUGCUAUUUUUUUUAACUAGAUACCUGCCUUCCAGACAUCUAGUUUGUAUUAAUAAAUGUGUACUAUAAUUAUUGUGUUUAUAUUAAUAUGUAUCAAUAUUACACGUUUAAUUUUUCUAUGAAUCUACGAAUCAACCAAACCGAUGUUUAUUUUAAUCUUAAUGUCGCAUAUAAUUUAUUAAUUUUUGAGUACCUAUGUAUCAAUGUGAAUACUUUCUCGAAAUUCAAUUACGGUUUUUUUUUUUUUUUUAUAGCCAAAAUUAAAGAGAGCGGUUUGUUUAUGGAUGCCAUGUUAAAUGUUUUGAACUCCGCUCCGAAAGUCGUUAAAAGGCGAAAACAUAAGUCAGAGACUGUAAAAAAAGUUACAGAGCCUACGUUGCCGGUAGAUCAAUUGACGCAGCCUCAAUUGACUAUAAAAACCGAACCACUGUCACCACCAAGAUCACCGGUAGUUUCACCAUCGGCGUUAGACUUGGAUUCUUUAAAACUUCCGACAAAUACUGAUGAGUCUAUGCCAUUUUCUGAACCGACUGCGACUUCGGAUUAUGUGUUGUCCGCAGAAAAAAAGCCUUCUGAAACUGUGGUUACACCCGAUCCAGAACCAAUAGUACAAGAAGAACCAUUGGUUGAAAAACCACCUCAAUUAAAAGUACUUGCCUAUAUUUUAUACAUUAUAAGUCAUUCAUUAUUUUUUAUUGUAUUAUUAUCAUUAUUGUAUAGUUUUAUCGAGAUACUCUGUUGGAUACUACAACAGAAUCACUCAACACUGAUGACAAUGAAACAAAUAUUAAUAACAGUCGUAAGUAUUGAAUCUUUGGGAUGUUAUUAAAUGGAUGUCAUAUAUGUAUAUAAUAUGAUUGAUAUUUAUUUAAAUAUUGUUUAGCUGGUGACAAAUCACCUAAAGAUGAUAAUGAUGACAAGCAGGAUGGUUUAAAAAGUGUACUGGUGUAUGUUCGAAGUAAACCAUCAAAGAAGUCGGUUUCGUGGAAACAAGAAACUGAUCUGGUGCAAGUAUCUUAUUUUGAACACGACGAAACUGAAAGGGGUAUGUUCUUAAACUAUGUCAUGUCAUGUUAUGUUACUCUAUAUCUCAUUCCUCUUGUGGUCUAUUAAUUGUUGUUAUUAGUGGAAAUAUAUAACAGAUAUAGAUAUAUAUAUGAUCAUGUAAUCAUAAUUAUUUAUGAAAGAUAAAAGGUCACAGUUUUGUUGAAAGUGACUGUUUUUAAUAAAUAUGUUCGGUGAUUAUAGAGAGACUGUUUACUUUUGAAAAGAGUUAAAUUGUAUGAUAGUUAAUUUUAUAAUGGUGUUCCAAAAAUUGGUUUAUGAAUAGUGCUAAUAGUACCAUUAUUGGCUCCAUUCAUAAAUAAAUAAAAAUUUUGCCGAUUAAACAUUUGACAAUAAUAGCUGUUAAUAUUUUUCCCUUAAAUAUUAUCAUUAGAGAACAGACUUUAAUACAAAAUAUAUUUUUUAUUGGGUGGCAUAGGGCAAUGCAAUAUUUGAUUCAUACAUCAGAGAAUUUAAAAAUGAAACUUUUAUUUUCCAUUUUUUUUUAAACUUUUUUGCUUUUAAUAAUUUAUCAUAUUAAAUUAUUAAUCUUUGAUCUUAUAAUAAAUUAAAUAUUUAAUUACGAUAAGAAUAACGAUUAAUAAAUUCUUAUUUUUAUAUUAAUAAUCCCGUUUAUGUUUUUGUAAUUUUAUUUAACUCAUUUGUUUAUGAACAUAGUCUAAAUUGUUGAGUUUAAACUUUAACUGUUGAUUAAAAAUAUUUUUGAUAAUUUUUUCAAAUAAAAUUGUAUAUACAAAACCAUUAUUUUUCAUUUCCUAAAAGUUUUACUUUUUAGACUAAACCCCUUUCAUAAAUAAAUGAUAUCAUGUGUGAAAUAAGAAAAAAAUAUACAUUUAUUUAUUUACAAUCCUAAUAGUGAUAAUAUAAACAAACUUAUCUAAUUAUUACUUGGAUUUCUUUCUUAGAAUAAACUUAUUUCAGAUAAACAAAUUAUUACUUUACUAAAUUAAAUAAAAUAAAUUUAAAAUAUAACUUCUUUUGGUAUUUUGGUGUUAUUAUCUGGUACUGAUUAAUUUUAUAAAAUGUUUACUUCAAAACUAAUAUUAUGUUAUUUUUAUUAUUAUUAGUGAAUGUAACAAAGAACUUUAAAGCUAUGGAAAUGCACGAACGUGACAUUGAAAGACAAAACUUUAUUGCUGUUCGAAAAUUAAGUAAGAUAGUAAAAGAAAAUUACAAUUUUAUAGUAAAAAAUAUAAUAUAAAUUAAAUUAAUACAUGCUAUUUUUAGAUUCUGCUGAUAAUAUGGAACCUAAAACUGCCUGGAGAAAUCUAGACGAUAGCUUGUUAAUUGACAUUCCAGAAGAGCCUGGUAAAGAAAAAAUAGAACCAGGUAGUGGAAGUCUUGAAAAAAAGAAACAAACUCUUCGAGAACAAUCUGUUUUACAAGCUAUUUACUUCACUAGAAAUAUGUACGUGUGCACAUGAAUUAUUACUAAUAACUAUAUGUAUAUCUUAUGUGUUGUUAUUAUUAUUUUUAUUCUACAGGAUACCUGAUUCGCCAGAAGAACCCGACCAAAUGGAAGUAGUUCCUUACUCAGAACCUUUAAACAUACCUCUUGAAGACAUGUCGGGCGAUACAGCACCAAUAUAUAACUAUGUAAAUAUACCGUGGCCUGAUUCCAAGGGUGAGCAGCCUCCUCCAGUAGAAUUCCCAGUCGGAAUGAACAAUAUAAUGCCAAUGAUGCAGCAACAACCGUUCUCAGUAUACGGUGGCAACCAAAUGAAUUGGGUUAUGCCUCCCGAUAAUAAUAUGAUGGGAAUGGUAUUACCAUCAAACAAUAUGUACAUACCUCCUAAUCAGAUGAUGAUGAACAAUCAAAUGUUUAUGGGUGAGCAAAUACCACAACAGCAGCCUCAGUCCAUACCACCACAACAACAACAGCAACAACCACUGCCACCUCAACAUCUUGCCCAAGAAGAUCAAUGGAUGGGCCCAUCUGGGCCUCCAAUACAACAUGAUCAACAUUGGGGUCAACAACAGCCGCCUGUUAAUAAUGGACCACCACAUUUUGAAAGGAGUAACCGUAACCAUACCAGAUGGGACAACAAUUCUAGAGGUGGUAAUAAUUAUGACUCUUAUCGUGGGAAAAUGAACCGGAAUAAUCAACGUGGCAAUAGAGGUGGUCCGUUUAAUCGCAGAGGUGGUCAUCCUGGAAAUGGAAGAGUGAGUCGGUUAUGCAAAUACUAUGCAAAACAAGGUUUCUGUAAAACAUCUAAUUGUGCAUUUUUACAUUCCAAAAGUUAAUAAUGUUAAAUGUAAAGGUGCAUUAUAUGUAUAUAAUUUUUUUUUUUGGCCACCAAAUAAGACUGAAUUAAAAUUAGAUAAAGUAGCUGUAAUUGUUUCAUACCCAUUUAUCCUCUACCAUUUCAACUGACAAAUACUGUAUGUGCAAUUAUACAUUAUAUAAUAUUAUACAUACUUAAUUAAAACCUAAUAACCUUUGUUGAAUGUAAAUAUUUUAUGUAUAGUAGAUUUGAGGUAGUUAAUAUUUAAUGAUAUAAUUGCAUAGUGUUGUAAUAUAAACAUGUUUAAAAUAAUAAUAUUUACCUAGACACGUAGAUUUAAUUUUAUUAAUAUUUCUAUAAUAUAAAAUCAAAUUCUUUAAUUAGCUCUUAAUAUGCUAAUUUAUUAUCUACAUAUUGUUUUUGGUUCCAUAAAUUGGAAUUUGAAAUGUUAUCUUACUUCAAAAUAUGAAGUAAAAGAAAAAAAAAAUGUUAACUACCAAUACUAUGAUAUAAGUUAUGUACAAAAUAUUUCUUUACAGUAAUACUUUAAUGUGUUAUUUAGUGUCUUAUGUUGUAGGUUAAAAUGAUCAAUAACUCCAAAUGUUCUGUUCUCUCAUGCAAUGCAUGUUAUGACUAUAAUGUUAUUACUGCAUCAUAAUUAUCAAUAUGUGCUACGAGAACACAAAUGUUUAAUUUGAUUAUGUAUUUAAAUAUAAUUUGGGUUAUUAAUAAAUGUAAUAAUAUAAGCACAUAGUUUUUUCUCCUUAUCCUAUUUUCCUAACUAUAAUAAAAGUACAUUAAAAUUUAUUAACUAUGGUAUGCUGAUAGUCUAAUUACUUAAACUGUCAUCAGAAGUUAAAUUUAUUUUCCCUUGAAAAUAG